GAGAAAUGAAAGGCAAAAGCAAGUGAGUGAGAAGAAAAAUGAAAAAGAAAGAGCAAUAUACAUAAAAUAGAGUGUUCAACCACAUUUGCCAUCUGUUGAGCACUAUUCGCCUUCUCCAUAGCUAAGCUCUCUCUCUCUACCUGUGAAAACAAAUUAAAGUUUAGAAUCCAUUAAAAUGUGGGGCAAUUCAUGAUCUUAUGGGGUAUUUCAGAUCACUUGGUACAAUUACCUGUGACAGUUUAUCCCUAUGUUAAUAGUUAUUUGCACAGCAAAGGGUAGACUAUUCUAGUCUCUUUGUUGCAAUGUUCAGAUCAACACACGAGGAUUUAAAUAAUGAUGUCCUUGGCGAGAAGCGUAUUUUUGCAGAAGUUUUCUUUGGGAAAGACACUGGAGGCACAAGUAAAACGAGUCUUAGCAGCAGUUCCAUUUUUCUUGAAAGCGAGGACCAUAAGGUUGCUGAUACAUCGUUUUGUUCCAACAGUGAGAAUUCAGCUGUGACUAGUCAGUCUUUCUCAAAAAGUUCAUUGGCGGAGGAUUCUGAUAGGAAUGAAAAUUAUGGCGGGGCUUCUGUUGCAGAUGGUCUUCAAGAGAGAUUAGAGUUGGACAACCUGAAUAUGAGCAUCAAGAGAAUGAAAUUUUCAGUUGAUGACUCAUCAUCCAACAGUAAACCUGAUAUAGUAAAAGCUUUCUCCUCACUUGCAUUGCCUAAGGAGCUUGUUAAUGGUGUGCGUUCUGCAGAUAGCGACUUUAAUAGGCAAAACAUUGCAUUUUUUAUUGUUGAAUCGUCCUGUAAGGGUGCUAUAUCUAGUUUUCAUCUAUCAAAGAAACAUGUAGAAAUGGAUAAAGGUGUAGAUGUUGGUGAUAAAGAUCUCCUAAAGUGUAGAUUAACUGCUGAGGGAAAAUCUGGGAACGAGGUGGCUAUUUGUAAAGCUGUUGCUUCACCCGUUUCACAAGAAAGUUUUGCAACUAAGCUUUUUUUUGGUACUUCCUCUGCAGCAACUAUAAAAAAGUUGGGGACUAUUCAUGCUGACGAGAGACUGGAGGCAUUGGAUUCACCAGGAUUGGAUGUAUCCAAUACCUUGAGUGUACAUCCUAAAAUGGAUCCUCGUCCUGUUCUUCAAAGGCACAUCAAUCGCUUACUUUUGACCGCGGGAUGGUGCGUACAAAGGCAUAAGAGACCAAGUCGGAAUUAUAUGGAGACUGUCUAUCAAUCUCCUGGGGGAAGGCUGUUUCGUGAGUUCCCUAAAGUUUGGAGGUUGUUUGGUCAAGUAUUGUAUGCAGAUAGACGUGAUUUGCUGCAGGAAGACAAUGGUAAGGAAUGGAUAGAUAUCAGCCACUUUUGGUCCGAUCUCUCGGCUGCAUUGAUUAACAUUGAGAAAGAAAUUGACCGCACAGAUAUUGGUGAUGCAUUAGCUCAUCACUGGAGUAUUUUAGAUCCCUUUGUUAAUGUUGUAUUCAUUGAAAAGAAGGUUGGUGCUAUGAGGAAAGGACAAACUGUUAAAGCUGCUAGAAGUUUGAUGAUUAAAAAGAAUGAAAUAGAUGGUGCUGUUAUGGCCUUGACAAACAUGGAUGGUGGCAUUCAGCAAUAUGGUGAACAAGUUAAUGGUGUGGGAUGUCAGAGAAAUGCGCCUGUUAGUCUAGCUGAGACAAAAGUUACUUAUUUGGUUGCUGCUGCCAAUGAGAUGGGAAAUCAAUCUUGCAGAGUGUUUAAGGAAAAAUUGACUUCUGCACAACCUAGUGUGUCGGAGAGCAAUUGUGUACAGCUAUACAGUUGGCAGUGUAAUAUCCCUGCUGGUGAUAGAGAUGUUAAUGUGCAAUCUGUCUCUCCUCAUCAAGAUAGCAGCUUAGUUGAUUUAGAUGAUGGCACUGGUCACAUGGACUUCUUUUAUGGCCAAGAUCAACCGACUUGUACUCAAUUUGUAAAUUGGGAUGUUUCUCAGCAAGCAGAGGUCAAUGAAGAGAAUGGACAGUGCAUUCAAGGUUCAAGGUUUGAGACUAGGGGUAAAUUUGUAAUGAGAAAGAAAAUGCGCAGGAAGUCUAGAAAGAUAUCUGAAAUCAGAUCAACUACUUUAGACCAAAGUAGCAAUUUUAAUGCACAUGACAGCCAAUUGGAGUUGAAAGAAGUGAAGCAGAACUUUAAUGCAAGAAUCGAAAAAUGCUGCAAGAAGUCCAUGUCUCUUGAUAGUUGCCUACAUCAGGUGGAUAGAAAAGGGUCAAAAAUGAAGAAGACGCAUCAUAAUUAUAAUGGUUGUAAAAGCAAACGAAAGAGAAGUGAAUGCUUGAUUGAUGAUGAUGAUCUAUUGGUCUCUGCUAUUAUUAAAAACAAGGAUUUUAGCGCUAAUGGCCCCAAAUCUACCUACAAAAAGAAGACCUCCAAACCAAAGGCUAAAACAAAACCAAAGAAUAAAAAAGGUAGGUGCAGGUUACUUCUCAGAAACCUAGGCAAAGCUGGGAAAUAUCAUAAUGAUGGCAAGUGGUCGAUAAUAGGUCCUAGAACCGUGUUUUCAUGGUUGAUUGAUAAUGGUGUCAUAUCUCUGAAUGAUGUGAUCCAAUACCGAAACCCGAUGGAUGAUACUGUGGUUAAAGAUGGUCUAGUUAAGAAGGAAGGAAUCAUGUGUAAGUGCUGCAAUCAGGUGCUCUCAGUUACCAGUUUCAAGAAUCAUGCUGGCUUCGCACAAAGUCGCCCAUGUUUAAACAUUUUCAUGGAAUCUGGAAAGCCCUUUACUCUAUGUCAACUGCAAGCAUGGUCAGCUGAAUAUAAGAACAGAAAAAGCAGGACCGUUAAAGUUGUGCGAACCGCUGAUGAUGAUGAAAAUGAUGAUUCAUGUGGAUUGUGUGGGGAUGGUGGUGAGUUGAUAUGCUGUGAUAACUGUCCUUCAACCUUUCAUCAGACCUGCUUAUCUACAGAGGAGCUCCCUGAAGGCAGUUGGUAUUGCUCAAACUGCACCUGUUGGCUAUGUGGGGAUUUGGUCAAUGAUAAGGAGUCUUCAGAUUCCUCUGGUGCUUAUAAAUGUUCACAAUGCGAGCAUAAAUAUCAUUAUACAUGCUGGAAGGACCCGCAUAUAUGGAAAGGAGUGGCUUCUGAUACUUGGUUUUGUGGUGGAAGCUGCCAAGAGGUUUACUUGGGUCUUCAUUCUCGCAUGGGCAUCAGUAAUCAUAUCCCAGAUGGCUUUUCUUGGACGCUGCUCAAAUGCAUCCACGAAGACCAAAAGGUUCAUUCUGCUCAACGAUUUGCAGUUAAGGCAGAAUGCAACUCAAAGUUAGCUGUUGCUCUAACAAUCAUGGAAGAAUGCUUUCAAUCCAUGGUAGACCCAAGGACAGGCAUAGACAUGAUACCUCAUGUUUUAUACAAUUGGGGGUCAGAAUUUGCUCGUCUAAAUUUCCAUGGCUUUUAUACAGUGGUCUUGGAGAAAGAUGAUAUACUUUUAUCUGUGGCAUCAAUCAGGAUACAUGGAGCAACACUUGCAGAGAUGCCUCUCAUCGCAACUUGCAGUAAUUACCGCCGCCAGGGAAUGUGUCGGCGUCUUAUCACUGCCAUCGAGGAGAUGCUAAUCUCCUUCAAGGUGGAAAAGCUUGUUGUAUCAGCCAUUCCAGAUUUAGUUGAGACGUGGACGGAAGGUUUUGGCUUCACACCUGUGAGUAACGAUGAGAAGCGAAGUCUAAACAAGGUCAAUCUGAUGGUUUUUCCAGGAACAGUAUUACUGAAAAAACCGUUGCAUGUAAUGAACAAGCCAGAUAUGCAAUCAGGGGAGCAUGGUAUUGAGUCCUUGCAGCAGUUGGAGGAUAGAAACUCGUAUGGGGAUCAAGAUGGUGCAAAAUUGGUUGUGGGAAAUGAUCAAAAGGAAAUCAGUUUGUUAAUAAACAAGCAGAUUGAAUCAGUAGCGUGGUCUGACGGAAAUGGUGAAUCCAACGGUAUGGUAUCAAUAGUAGGGGAAAGCAAAGGUAGUAAUUUGCAGGAACAAUUUUCAAAGCAGUCCUGCGAAGAGUCGGGUUUAGCAGUAGUAGUAGGAAUAAUUGAGGAUGAAGGUUGUAAUGUUGUUGAAUCUGUAUCUGUUGAGCCUUGUUUAGACAGAAAGGUACAGCAAGUUUUUGUGAUCAAUGAGAAGUAGAAAUUAAUAGUAA